UAUGGGUUGUUUAUUUUGUGUCUCCAGAUAUGAUAGUACCGAACUUUGUCAUGGAAAAAUACAGGCCUGGUCUUGCUUUGGAUGAUACAUUUUGUUCUGUUGAAAAAGCAGACCAGCAUAGGGACACACUUGUAUAAGGAACUAUUUCAGCGUUGAAUCUCAUCCAGGUUAUUUUUGAGACAUGUUGGUUAUAGUAUCGGCCCGGCCGCCUUUCUUGUAUCAUCGUCCAGUUUAUCUUCGCAUGCGAAUCCAGAUUUAACAUGGUCGGAUGGGCGGUUAAGCAACGCUUCCGCUCCAAUGUUUAACAAUCUACAGGCUAGUACUAAACUGGAGAGCAGCCUUUAGCCGUGCUAGCAAGAUGGAUUAGCUGGCUUGUUAGCUUUGCAUCACGGCUAUGUAGCCAGCACGCUAAUAUUGUCUCGGCUGGAUAGCUGCUAACAUCAGCAAGGCCGCCAUUGAAGUCGUGUGUGCGGUUUGUCGGGUGCUGCCGCAGUAGAGGAGGGCUUUAGGUUCAUAGCCAAGAUUCACAGUACAUCUCUAGCUGCUGUUUAAUUACCCACCUGGUGGUUUUCUGCUCGGUGUCUGUUUUUUUAAAACUGCGUUUGCUGUUGGAUUUUUGUCUCGCAGUGGUUCUUAUGUCUGCUCACUGAUUAGAGCACCAGUGCGGCACUGACCAAAACAAAGAUCUAUAUCCCCCCGAUUCCUUUUUGUGUCCCCGCCCGGCAGGAAAACGGAGGUCGUGGGGCUGGAGUGUGUUCUCAUGGCCGAGUCAGAGACUGAAUGUGACACACCCGGCCUUGACACACUUGGGUCGGAGUGUGUCAUAGCCCACAGCCAUGUCGACCUUCACUAUGGAGCAGAAACUGAGAUCAUGACAGAAGAAAAGCGUGGAUUAGAGUUGGAGAUCCAUGGCUCAGACUUAAAGAUCCAGGGACUGGGGACAGAGCUCGGCACUGUAGCCUGUGUGGAUGCAAUUGUAGCUGAGACUGACCACGAUUACAUUAAAGUGGAACAUGGUGAGAUGCACUGUUUCACAGGAGCAGAAAUCAAGACAUCAGGAAAUGAGACUCUGCUGGGAGAGGUGCUGCUUAAGACAGAAAGCGAGCAUGUGGUGAAAGUGGAGUCUGACCAUGGUGGAGAGUUGACAGUGGAAUCUGAGAAUGGUGUGAUCAUACAUGAAGCCCAUGGCCUGCAGUGUAAUGAGUGUGGGGAGAUUUUCGGCAGCAUAGCUGAUCUUCACCAACACUUUGAGAUCCAUAAGGACCUCAACCCCUACAUCUGUGUCCACUGUGGCGAGAGCUUUGCUGUGGAGGCCAGCCUCAAACAGCACAUGAAGAUUCACAUGAAAGAAAAGCCCUAUGUUCCCCCUGGAGUUGAGAUUAUGGGCAAAGAUGUUAUUGAUGCCUUCAGCCUCAAGUCUCACCAGAUGAUUCAUUUGCCAGACAAGCCCCACAGAUGCUCAGAGUGCGGUAAGAGCUUUGCAGCUGCAAUCACCCUGAGGGAACACAUGAAGAUGCAUUCAGAGGACAAGCCCUACAAGUGUACCCAGUGUAGGAAGAGCUUUGUCCGCAGAAGGCAUCUGAAAAAGCACCAGGAAGUCCAUGCACGCGAGAAGCCAUAUACCUGUGGCCAGUGUGGCAAAGGCUUUGCCACUUCUUCCAACCUGAAGCAGCACCAGAAGACCCACGCUGCAGUUGUGCUCGGAGACAAACCCCACCGAUGCACACAAUGUGGAAAGUGUUUUGCAGCCGCUGCCACUCUGAGGGAGCACCAGAGGAUCCACUCGGGUGAGAAGCCAUACAAGUGCAACAUGUGCAGGAAGAGUUUUGUCCGCAAGCGCCAUUUGAAAAAGCACCAGCAAGUUCAUGCCGGAGGGAAGCCCUAUACCUGCAGACACUGCAACAAGGGCUUCAAUCACUCCUCUUCUCUCUCUCGCCACCACAAGACCCACCUGCAGAAUCCAGUGUUUUCUCCACCUCAGCCUGGGAAAACCUUGUCUUACGGCACUCCCCCGAAGCAGAGGGUGCACCAGCAGGGAGACAAGCCCUACAUGUGCCACCACUGUGAUAAGGGUUUCAAUCAUUCCUCUUCCCUGUCUCGGCACCAAAGAGUCCACUCAGAGGGAAAGAGUUACACCUGCGCUCACUGUGGCAAAAGAUUCAAUCACUCCUCCUCCCUUGCUAGGCACCAGAGAGUUCACUUGGAGAAUAAACAACCGCAGCAGCCCCAACCACCACAGCCGCAACCGCAGCAGUACACCACCAUCCCCACAGGGAAGGGAUUCCCUAACAACGCCUUUCCAAAACAGCGCAUCCUGUCGGUUGAAAAGCCAUACAGGUGCUCCCAGUGCGGAAAAGGCUUUAACCAUUCUUCUUCCCUCUCCAGGCAUCAUAGGAUCCAUGUAGACCAGUGAGCACCCUUUCCCACCCUUACAUGCUGCCCCAUGCAAGUAAAACCCCCUCUGCUCCCCUCCCAUUUUUGUUGUACCAAUGGUCCCAUCAUUGACAUCACUACGCCACAGGAAACAUCAGGCCAACUUCUAUAGACAGUGGUCCUGUCAGCACAUUGCUACGUUGAAGUGGAGCAGUUGAAAAUGAAUGGACAGUAACAAAAGUCUUCAAAAGGAGGAAAGACCAUGUAACCUAUAAUACAGAGUUGAACUUGGGACUUUGUGCUCAGUAUGAAGAGGGUAUAAUAACAGAUUGUGAAGGAGCCUCUAUUCUUGUUUGUGAUUGUGCUUCACUUGCUCCAGGACCUUAUUGAACACUUUUAAAUAAAAAAAAAAAAAAGAAUUGUGAUUUGGUGAUCUGAAAAAUUGGUACCUGGGGAAAAUAUGCUUCACCCUCUGGUUAGUCUUUUUGAUAGAAGAAUUCAGUUUAUGUACCUUCAGGUGGGCACAUGCGCUUUUCAGCUGCAACUUUAUCCAAGGUUACCAACACAAUUUAAAUAGUUAUUUCUUUUUCACCUACAUAACCCAUGUGAAGCAUCAAAAUCCAAUGUAAAUACUUAUUGAUUUUCUUUUAUAUAUAUGUAUAGGUGACUAGUGUGCUGUUCCAAAAGAUUACAUUUUUGAUAGUAAGGUCCACUUUGAUCCACUUUGUCUCCACUUUUUUUUCCUUUUAUGACUUUGUUUUAAGUGUUGGAGAUAAACAUGUUGCAGGCGUUUUCAUGCGGCUUGUUCUUGAAUUUGGGCUCCAUCGAACGUGAGCCAUCUUGUAUAUUUAUAAGGUUGUUUUCUUGUAUGUCUACGAUGGGUUAGCACUGCUGCAUCGACUGUACAGAGAGCAAUACUGGCUGACACCCUGAUUCUAUAAUGACAUGCAAUUUAGCCAUUAGGAAAUGCAUAAUAGAAAAUAAAAACCUGGGUAGCAUAUUCCAACAUGACCUGUGUCCUAAUUAUUCUGUACCCUCGCACCAAAUGUACAUGAAGUGCAACACCACACUUUGUUUAUUGCUUUGGAGACUAAUUCAAUUACCUGUGUAUAGAAUAAAGGUAACUUAUCACUCAUGUUGGUCCGCAAACUAUCACAAUUUGAUCUGGAAAAAAGAUUGUGUAUACUAAAAGACGACACGAGGAAAUCUCACUUUUACAAGACUUAAAAAAAAAAAGAUUUUUGCGAGCUCCAAUGGAUUGCGCUCUAUUUACUGUUCUGUGUAAAAUAUCUUUUACAAACUGAUGUAUUUUUUUAGAUAUGGCUUGGGUUAUAUGAAAGGGAAUGAGAGAUAUACAGUUUUUAUGGGAGUGAACAUUACGGUGAGCAAUAUUUUCUUUUCCUUUUGUUUUGGAUAACAAUUGUGCUUCAAACUGUAGCAUAGGUUUCUUCCUUGUGUUAGAUAGGUGCCUUAUUGCAUGCUAUGUAGAAAUGUAUGCCGAGCUGUUAAUUGAGAAAAAAAAAAGUUAGGGUUUUCAGGAGUCUUUUGUUCUUACUCAUACUAACUUACCCUACAUUUUAAUUUGAUGUCACUGAUACCUAUUGCUUUUUUGCUUUCAUGUAUAUUACCAUGUGUUUACACUGUUACGACCAUAUUGUCUUUAAUUUUUUUUCCCAUUCAUUUUUGUCAAUGGCCUCAUUGUAGAGAGAAAAAUUGUAAAUGAUCCAUAUAGGCUUCUCUUAAGGGCAAAUCCUGUAACACCUCUUCCCAGUUUCUGAGUGGCACAUAUAUGGAUAAAUAAAGGUUGUUGACUCUC